CGGCACCCCGGCUCGGUUCCAUGGGGAAGGUGGCGGCGGCGGCGGUGGCUCUGGGGGCCGAAGUCGGCGUGCGGAUCGUGCUCUUUGCCGCCUUCGUGGUGAUGGAGCUUCUCCCGCCCUUCCAGAGGCUCAUCCAACCUGAAGAGAUGUGGCUCUACCGCAACCCCUACGUGGAGAACGACCGCUUCCCCACCAAGCCUAUGUUUUUGAUCGUGUUUCUGUGUCCCCUCUCUCUGAUCCUUCUGGUUAAGUGUCUUAAGAAAGCAGAUGGAGCGGACACCAAGCAGGCAUGCCUGGCUGCCAGCCUUGCCCUUGCUUUAAAUGGAGUCUUCACCAAUACAAUAAAGCUGAUCGUGGGAAGGCCUCGCCCUGAUUUCUUCUAUCGUUGCUUCCCAGAUGGGCAAGCCAAUUCUGAACUGAUCUGCACAGGAGAUGAGGAAGUGGUCACCGAGGGCCGGAAGAGCUUCCCCAGUGGGCAUUCUUCUUUUGCAUUUGCUGGACUGGCCUUCACCUCCUUCUACCUAGCAGGGAAGUUACACUGCUUCACUCCAGAAGGCCGUGGAAAAUCCUGGCGGCUCUGUGCCUUCCUAUCACCUCUCCUCUUUGCAGCCAUCAUUGCUCUUUCCCGAACCUGUGAUUACAAACACCAUUGGCAAGAUGUGAGCAAAGUGGUGCACUUUUGUAGAAAACUUAAGUAAAUGUCCUUUUUGAUUGAAAAUUGUCUACAAUUAAUAAUAAAUAGUCCAUAUUUGGUAUUUUUGAGGAUUCUUAGUCCUGAGAUUAAAAAUACAAUUUAUACACUGAGGAUGUAGAAGCU